AUGGCCAACGCCACCGAGAUCCAAGGCUUCGCCUCCCGCCGCAACAACACCUGCCUCGCCGACGAGGUCAGCUGCGGCCGCACCUGGGACACCUGGUACGCCUGCUGCCCGGCCGGCUCCUACUGCCCCGGCAGCAAGGUCAGCAUCCCCAACAACGUCUGCUGCCCGAGCUGGACCGACUGCACCGCCCAAAUCGAGGACCCGCCCGUGUGCGCCGGCGCCCAGUGGGCCCUGUACAACUACAGCGGGUACUUCUGCUGCGAGGAGAACACCCAGGGGUUCGGGGUCAAGGAGAAGACCUGGGUCGGGUGCGCGCCGGCGGGGUUCCAGGGGGAUGCCUCGUUUUCGGCGUUGAAUGUCAUUGCGCAAGGUAUUUUUCUUCGUCCUCCUUGA